CGCCUCGGCAGCCGGCCCGAUACGCCGCCUGAGAGGAGUUCAGCUGCUGCCGCCGUGAGCCGCGGGACCCGCGUUAUUGUAACCGCUCUAACGUACCGGACAGAUUUUCCUGUCUUUUAUUUUAAGAUCACUAGACGGUUUUUCUUUUUCCUUUUUUCCCCCGUUUUUAUUCCUUCUGCUGCGUCUCCUUUGAUUCAUCUGCUUGCCUUAUCCCGAUCCCCGAAACUCAGACCAUCCCGCAUUUAUUUAGUCCGGCUUUUUUUUUUUUUUUUUAAGUUUGUUAAAUUGUUUAUUCGUUGUUAACUAUAAGUGCGACUCAGUUGUGUUCGUUCUCUGACAACAUCUGUUCAUCGGUUCACUAUAUAAAUAUAUAUAUAUAUAUACCAGGAUUAUAUUCAUCAUUUGGAUACCCUAGACAAAUUGAAAACCAUCAUGCGGGACAAGACGUCUUGAUCCACGCUGAUCCAGAAUAACAACAGCACACACACAUACACACUUCGGAAAAUCGGAGUCACACUUUAUUCUAAGUCUGUGAUAUUAUUUAAUAUUUUGAAAAAUGAACCUCUUAGUCAUAAUCGAUUAUCUCGAUCACAGAAUAGAGAUCGAAUCGCCUAUUUGUAAUCAAAUGAAAAGGUCGUUAUAAGUAAUAUUAUAAGUUGUUGGCGUAAAUUCGUUAUUCCAAUUAGUUAGUGUAUUUAUAUAUUUUGUAAAAAUAAUAAUAAUAAUAAUCAUGAAUUCCUACAAAUAUUUUUGAAACCGUUAACAGUUUUUAAUUGUAUUUUUACAAAAAAAAGUCCCUUAUAUUCUGUCCAAAAUGGGUUCCAAAGAGGCGGAAAGCGGUGGUACCAAAGGUGCCAAAAUGAGCGAUCUCAAAAAAGAAAUCGACUUAAACGAUCACCGGAUACCGUUGCCAGAGGUAUAUGCUCGUUAUGAGACAGAUCCUGAGAGAGGUUUAACAACCUCUCAAGCUAAAAAACUAUUGCUUAGGGAUGGACCUAAUGCUUUAACCCCACCUAAAAGGACUCCUGCGUGGAUUAUCCUAUUAAAGCACCUGUUUGAAGGAUUUUCAAUCCUGUUAUGGGCAGGUGCGGCCCUGUGUUUCCUGGCAUAUGGUAUUCAAUAUUCCACUUCUGAAGAACCCCAGGAAGACAAUCUAUGGUUGGGUACGGUAUUAGUACUUGUUUGCGUAAUAACAGGCGUUUUUGCUUACAGUCAAGAAGCAAAAAGCUCGAGAAUUAUGGACUCGUUUAAGAACAUGGUACCACAAUAUGCUAAUGUUGUGCGAGAUGGCGAACGGAAAAACAUACUAAGCUCAGAACUGGUAAAAGGUGAUAUUGUGGAAGUGAAAUUUGGUGAUCGCGUUCCUGCUGACGUCCGUAUUAUUGAGAGUCAUAACUUCAAGGUAGACAAUUCAUCUUUAACUGGAGAAACUGAACCCCAACCUAGAGAUUCUGCCGUAUCCAAAGUACAAGUACUAGAAGCAACCAAUUUGGCUUUCUUUUCCACCAAUGCUGUUGAAGGAACUGCAAAAGCGGUUGUGAUACUCUGUGGCGAUAACACCGUAAUGGGACGUAUCGCAGGACUGACCACAAGGCUGGAACAAAGAGAUACUCCAAUUGCUAAUGAAAUUCACCAUUUUAUGCAUUUGAUUUCAGCUUGGGCUAUUUUCUUAGGCGUAUCAUUUUUCAUAAUGGCAUUCUUACUUGGUUACCAUUGGUUAGAUGCUUUCAUAUUCUUGAUUGGAAUAAUUGUUGCCAAUGUACCAGAAGGUCUUCUUGCAACCGUAACCGUAUGUUUGUCAUUAACAGCAAAACGAAUGGCUUCAAAAAAUUGUGUAGUAAAACAUCUUGAAGCAGUCGAAACUCUUGGAUCUACUUCUACAAUUUGUUCUGAUAAAACUGGUACGCUGACCCAAAAUCGUAUGACUGUAACACAUUUAAGUUAUAAUAAGGAAAUUAUUGAGGUCGACUAUUUCAAGGAUCCAACUGGUGUAACAGAAGAGGCUAGGAACACUAAAGCUUACCAAUCCCUCGUUAGAGGUGGAUGUCUUUGUAGUAGAGCUGAAUUUAUCUGUGGACAAGAUAAUACACCUGUGUUAAAAAGAGAAGUCAUGGGUGACGCAUCUGAAGCAGCUAUAAUAAAAUUUUCCGAGCUUGCUGUGGGGGAUGUUAUGGCUUUUCGUGAACAACACAAAAAGGUAGCUGAAAUUCCAUUUAAUUCUUCCGAUAAAUUUCAAGUUUCAAUUCACGCUUUACCGUCAAAAGGCCAAUUGUUGGUUAUGAAAGGGGCUCCAGAGAGAAUAUUAGCUCGUUGUAGUAGAAUGCGAUAUGGCGAUGGUGUUGUUGAAUUAGAUGAUAACAUCAGACAAGAAAUGGACGAGAUUAUUGAACAACUAGGAAGUUAUGGUGAGAGAGUGCUGGGAUUUUGUGAUCUUUUCCUGAGUCCAGAGCAAUUCCCAAUUGGUUUUAAUUUUACCACCGAUCCACCUAAUUUCCCUUUGACCGAUUUAAGAUUUUUAGGUCUUAUGUCUAUGAUUGACCCUCCAAGACCAGGUGUACCAGAUGCUGUCGCAAAAUGUCGUUCGGCUGGUAUUCGUGUUAUCAUGGUAACUGGUGAUCAUCCUGUGACAGCUAAAGCUAUUGCAAAGGCUGUAGGUAUUAUAACAGAAGGCUCUGAAACUCUUGAAGACAUCGCUAAAAGACGUCGUGUGCCAGUAUCAUCUUUAGAUCCACGAGAAUCUACAACUAUUGUUAUUCAAGGUUCAUUACUGAGGGAUAUGUCAACUGAAGAAUUGGAACAUGUGUUAAGAACGAAUAGAGAAAUCGUAUUCGCUCGAACUUCACCAACACAAAAAUUAAAUAUUGUUGAAGGAUGUCAAAAUUUGGGAGCUAUCGUAGCUGUAACUGGUGACGGUGUAAAUGAUUCUCCGGCUUUAAAGAAAGCGGAUAUUGGUAUAGCCAUGGGUAUCACGGGUUCAGAUGUAUCCAAACAGACAGCUGACAUGAUAUUAUUGGACGACAAUUUUGCAUCUAUUGUAACUGGAGUAGAAGAAGGCCGUCUUAUUUUCGAUAACUUGAAAAAAUCUAUAGCGUAUACAUUAGCAUCCAACGUUCCAGAAAUUACACCAUUCUUACUUUUCAUUCUCAGCGGUAUUCCACUGCCGCUUGGGGUUGUUGCUGUACUUUGUAUUGAUUUGGGAACUGACAUGUGGCCAGCUAUAUCAUUAGCUUACGAAAGAGCAGAAUCCGAUAUUAUGUUGAGACAUCCCAGGAAUCCGGCAAACGACAAAUUGGUUAAUGGUAAACUUAUAUUCGUCGCUUAUGGGCAAAUCGGUGUGAUAGAAGCGGUCGCUGGAUUUUUCUCAUACUUUGUCAUUAUGGCGCAAUGUGGAUGGUUACCUGGAAGAUUAAUUGGAAUACGUAAUGAAUGGGAUUCCAAGUCGGUAAACGAUUUAGAGGACUCAUACGGCCAAGAAUGGACAUUUACGCAUAGAAAAGAAUUAGAAUAUACCUGCCAUACUGCCUUCUUUAUAGCUAUUGUUGUAGUUCAAUGGGCUGAUUUAAUUAUUUGCAAGACUCGUUAUAAUUCCAUUUUACAUCAAGGUAUGGAUAAUUGGGUUUUGAAUUUCGGAAUAGUUUUCGAAACAUUAGCUGCCUGUUUUGUAUCCUACUGCCCAGGUAUGACAGAGGUGCUCAAGACCUAUCCCGUAAAAGCCGAAUGGUGGCUCCCUGCUUUACCUUUCGCCGUAGUCAUAUUUGUUUAUGAUGAAAGUCGGCGUUUUUGGCUCAGGACUCAUCCAGGAGGAUGGGUCGAACGACACACUUACUAUUAAAAAUUUUAAAAAAUUUACAAUAAAUUAAAUAAUAAUCACUCAUUGCGUCAAUGUCCCUGUAUAAAAAAAAAAUCAAUUAAUUAAAAAAAAAAUUGCGUAUAAUGAAUACGUAUAAACCUCAUUAUUAAAAAUUUUAAAAAUGUAUAGCUGUUAUUGUUAUUGAUAGUUUUAUUAGUUAUUUAUAUAUGCGAAUUUUUUGAAAAUUUAGAUUAAAGAUCGGUAAAAUAAAACGCUAAAUAAAAAUGUCACCCAAAACUUCAAAUGAAUCAAUUUGUAAUAAUAAUUAUAACAAAAAUGAGUGUUCAUUUACCAUAGGCCUAGACUAUUAAAUAUUAUGUAAGUAAAAAAAAAAAAAAUCGUUGAACAAUGCAUAGUGUUGGAUUAGUUAUUCGUAAAUAUUUUGUUAUAUAUUAUAAUAAUAAUAAUAUAUAGUGCAAGGCUGAUCAAAAGUCUUAAGUAAAAAUCAUCUUAAAUAAAAACUUUUGAUCUUCCGCGUCUCUACAUAUUGUAAUCCUGGCUGGUUUACGUGCAAUUAUGCUUAGAGGCUAAGCCAUUAUAUGUGUAUACAUUUUAAACAAAUUGCCUGUAGAAAAUUCAAUGUAUAGUAUUUUGUUUGGAGUAAAAAAUAAAAAAAUUUAAAAAAAAAAUAA